AUUCAAAAAUCCUAAUUCAAACUUGUAAAUCCAACUGUCCAAAGUUGGAUACUCCACCAAUUUUCAUCACAUAACACACAACAAGUACAUUACAUCACCCACGUUAUUUCCACUUCUUCCACCACCCUCUCACCGGAAAAACAAACCCCACAAACUCCAGUUUCCAGAACAUUCUUCCGCCAUGGGAGGACCUUCAAGGUGGACCUUCACCUUCACCAUCUUCAUCCUCGCCAUUACAACGAUCUUAGUUCAAGCAGGCGACAACAACCAUGUCUACUCCCCUUGCCGUGACACUACAGUUCAGCGCGACGAUGGCUUCACCUUCGGCCUUGCUUUCUCUUCCAAAACUUCUUUCUUCUUCAACAAUAAUGCCUCGCUUCAGCUUUCUCCUUGCGAUCGACGACUUUCUCUCUCCUCCAGUAGCUCUCAAAUCGCGCUUUUCCGACCUAAGGUUGAUGAGAUCUCUCUUCUCACCAUCAAUGCUUCUUCUUUCAGCCCGGAUUCAGCCGGUGGUUAUAUGGUGGCGUUUGCUGGCUCAAAAUAUGCUGCAAGAUCCAUUCCUACAUUUGUUGCAAAUAGCACCCACAUAGUGACAAGUUUUACUCUGAUUCUAGAAUUUAAGCAAGGCCGACUACAAAAUUUGUUUUGGAAAAGGGAUGGUUGUGCAUCAUGUAAAGGCAAGUCUAAGUUUGUCUGCCUGAACAAUGUGGAUUGUGCAAUCAGAAUGAGCGACUGCAAGAAUCGAGGUGGAUCUAUGGAUUGCAGCCUUGGCAUACAAUUAGCCUUUUCUGGUACAGAUAAGCAUUAUUCAGUUCUUAAUUCUUGGUAUGAAGUGCAGAACCUACGGCAAUAUUCACUAUUUGGCUUGUAUUCCAAUUUACGGAAGUCUCUCUCUGAUCAAUUCAGCAACUUCUUCUGAUUUACUUCUGUGUCUUGUGUGUUCUAAAGAGGCUUUUUCUCUGCUUUUGCAAUUGCACGAUUCUUCAAUUUAUUCUCCUUUGAUCCUCCAGCAGGCUUGUGUGGAAAUAUGUGACAUGUUUUGGUAUGUAAUUGUAUUUUUUUAUUAGCAGUGUAUAUUGAAAUUGAGUUAAUGUGAUUAAUUAGUCGUUCUCUGCUUAUCAUUUUGCCUUGUAAUAUUGACCUUUGGUAUAAGAUCUUGAUUCUUGGCCUAAGUUAACUUCUUAAAAA